UUCGGAUAGAUGACAAACGUGGACAAGGUGAUGACGUCCUCUCUGCAGGGCUACCCCUUAUCGCUAUCGCAUCGAAGGUUAGGACUAUGUCAUAGUUCCUUUGCGGUGGUUCGAAAGCACACACGAGGCUGGUCGGGUCAGUUGGGAAAACACAUGCUGCGCAGAAGUCCUUUCGCUCCAACGCAGCGUGGCUUCUGACACACAUGCUGAUGACGUGGGUGGGAAUAUGGGCUUCCUUGCGUUGUUUUCCGCAAUAUCAGUAAACGGACUUGCUCUGUACUUCUUCUGGGAUGCCACUGUCAAUUGUCCAAGGUUGCAUAGUUCUCCAAUUUCAAUUUCGUCCGUCGACGUGUCACAAAGCAUGUCGAGUGCGAUAAUCUCGUAUGUUUUCGUGUCUUCCGUCCUUCAUUCCAACCGCUGCCAGGUUCCUUAUAUUAAUGUCGCAUGUUUGAUCUAUAGGUCCACGUGUCCAGUUGAUAGCCAAACGAGCAGUAGGGUUUCCAAACGAGUGCUUAAAAGGCCGUGGUAUUACUUCAAUGUUUGAACUGAAUUGAAUGUCGCUUCUUCUGUGAUGCGCAAGCGUGUGAUCAAAAAAGCCACAGUACUUGAAG